AGAAUUUGGAGAGAGAGAGGAAGAAGCCAUAUUUAAAAGCAGAAAGAGGGCAGGUCCUAAUAAGCCUUUUACACGUGAUAAGGAAAAUACCAAAAGCACUUGCAUGCGUGUAUAAAAGAUUCAUCAUCAUCCUUCUAUCUCUCCCCAUCUCUCUCUCACUCUAAAAACUCCUUCUUUCUCUCUCUAAACUCUCUCUCCCCCUGAAUCUGAAUCCCCCACACAACUCAUCUUUUAAAUCUCUCCCCUUUUGGUCCCCCUUCCAUCCCAUGCUUAAACCUUUCAAACCCCCAGUUUUUAUUUAUUUUUUGUUUUCAAUCCAAAGAUCACUGCUUUAGUUGUUUCUCGAGUGACUCAGUGAGUUAAUUGCUUGCUGCUGCUCAGUGAGUUUAAAUGGCUGGUUGGCUGUUGUUUUGAGGACCAGACAGGCUCAAGACACUGGUUUUGCCUCCUGGGUAUUUCCAUUUUUCAGGUUUCUGUUCACCAUAAUAAUAAUAAUAUUAUUAUUAUUAUUUUUUAUUUGUCUCAAGAGAUUUCAUGGCCGUUGGACUGCUCAUAGAAGCAUCUGUGAGGAACACUUGGGGUUUUGGUGGAAUUAGUGUUUAAAUCUUUUGGAAAUUGAGUGAAAAACUAGAAGGGAAGUAAAGCAUUGUGUUUCUGUGCAAUCUGGCGAAAGCUUCAUCGUUUUGAACGAUUGCUUCUGCAAACAUGCCUAUACGAAAGAAAGAGAGCUCGGAGCAACACCUUGUGAUCAAACCCCACUUGCAGAACCCAGUGAACCCGGUUCAGAAUGCACCGAAAACUGCCCAAAAUGGCAAAGGUCCACCACCCCAGGAAUCCCAAAAAGCCAAACCCCAUAACCAAACUUCACCCCCAACAAAAAACAGAGGAAGAAGAAGGGGCAGAGGUGGUCGGAAGUCUGAUCAAGGCGAUGUUUGUAUGAGGCCUAGUUCGAGGCACUGCGCGGUGGCUCGUCUGCCUGCCUCACCAAGCUUGGGUGGUGCUGCUUCUGAAGCGAAUGCUCCAAAUGGGUAUGUGGAAAAUGGCGGCAACUCAGUUUCCAUGGAGAUGGGGUUUCCGACUUCAAGCAAGUCAUUGAGCUUUGCUCCUCGGCCUGGUUAUGGACAAGUUGGGAUCAAGUGUGUUGUGAAGGCCAACCAUUUCUUUGCAGAGUUACCAGAGAAGGACUUGAACCAUUAUGAUGUUAGAAUAACUCCCGAAGUUGCAUCGACAGCUGUGAACAGAGCUAUCAUGGCAGAACUGGUGAGGUUGUACAAGGAAUCUGACUUAGGAAUGAGACUGCCUGCUUAUGAUGGUAGGAAGAGUCUGUACACUGCUGGUGAGCUGCCCUUUGCUUGGAAGGAGUUCAAUAUUAAGCUUGUUGAUGAACAGGAUGGAAUCGUUGGCCGAACAAGAGAAAGAGUAUAUAAUGUGGUGAUUAAAUUUGUUGCACGAGCAAACAUGCAUCAUCUGGGUCAGUUUCUGGUCGGUAAGUGUGCUGAUGCUCCACAAGAAGCGCUCCAAAUUCUUGACAUUGUAUUAAGAGAGCUCUCGAACAAGAGGUACUGCCCCAUCGGGAGAUCCUUCUUUUCACCUGAUAUCAGAACACCACAACGGCUUGGUGAAGGGUUGGAAUCAUGGUGCGGCUUUUAUCAAAGUAUAAGACCUACCCAAAUGGGUCUUUCCCUCAAUAUUGAUAUGGCUUCAGCUGCAUUUAUUGAGCCUCUCCCUGUAAUAGAGUUUGUAGCGCAGCUUCUAGGCAAAGAUGUAUUGUCUAGGACAUUGUCUGAUGCUGAUCGUGUAAAGAUUAAAAAGGCUCUUAGAGGUGUGAAAGUUGAAGUUACACACAGAGGGAGUGUUCGAAGAAAGUAUCGAGUUUCAGGAUUGACAUCUCAACCUACAAGAGAACUAGUGUUUCCUGUUGAUGAGAACUUGACCAUGAAGUCCGUAAUUGAAUACUUCCAGGAGAUGUAUGGGUUCACCAUUCAACACGGGCAUCUUCCUUGCCUUCAAGUUGGUAAUCAGAAGAAGGCAAACUAUUUACCCAUGGAGGCCUGCAAAAUUGUUGAGGGGCAACGGUAUACAAAAAGGUUGAAUGAGAAGCAAAUUACUGCUCUCUUAAAGGUUACAUGUCAAAGACCUAGGGAUCGUGAAAAUGACAUUCUGCAGACUGUUCAACACAAUGCUUAUGACCAAGAUCCUUACGCGAAGGAGUUUGGAAUCAAAAUCAGUGAAAAACUAGCUUCGGUCGAAGCUCGAAUUCUUCCUGCGCCUUGGCUGAAGUAUCAUGAAACCGGAAAAGAAAAGAAUUGUUUGCCUCAAGUUGGUCAGUGGAAUAUGAUGAACAAGAAAAUGAUUAAUGGAAUGACCGUCAGCCGGUGGGCUUGUAUUAAUUUUUCACGGGGUGUGCAAGAGAGUGUCGCGCGUGGGUUUUGCAGUGAACUUGCGCAAAUGUGUCAAGUAUCUGGCAUGGAAUUUAAUCCAGAACCUGUAAUUCCAAUCCACAAUGCUAGGCCUGAGCAAGUAGAGAAAGCUUUGAAGCAUGUUUAUCAUGCAUCCAUGAGCAAGACCAAAGGAAAAGAUUUAGAGCUCUUGUUAGCCAUUUUGCCUGACAACAACGGGUCCCUGUAUGGUGAUAUCAAGCGAAUAUGUGAAACAGAUCUCGGUUUAAUAUCACAAUGCUGUCUCACAAAGUAUGUUUUCAAGAUCAGCAAACAGUACUUGGCUAAUGUCUCCCUAAAGAUAAAUGUUAAGAUGGGUGGCAGAAACACAGUUCUUUUGGAUGCUAUCAGCUGCAGGAUACCUUUGGUCAGUGAUAUUCCAACCAUAAUCUUCGGAGCCGAUGUGACUCACCCUGAAAAUGGAGAAGAUUCCAGUCCCUCAAUUGCUGCUGUCGUAGCUUCCCAGGACUGGCCUGAAGUCACCAAGUAUGCUGGAUUAGUUUGUGCUCAAGCUCACAGACAAGAACUCAUACAAGAUUUGUAUAAAACAUGGCAAGACCCUGUUCGUGGCACAGUCAGCGGUGGCAUGAUCCGGGAUCUUCUGGUUUCCUUUAGGAAAGCAACAGGACAGAAGCCACUAAGGAUUAUAUUUUACAGGGAUGGCGUAAGUGAAGGUCAAUUUUAUCAAGUCUUACUAUAUGAGCUUGAUGCAAUCCGGAAGGCGUGUGCUUCUCUGGAACCAAACUAUCAACCACCAGUGACUUUCAUUGUAGUUCAAAAACGGCAUCACACACGAUUAUUUGCUAAUAACCAUAGGGACAGGAGCAGCAUAGACAAGAGUGGGAACAUAUUACCUGGCACCGUGGUUGAUACCAAGAUUUGUCAUCCAACCGAACAUGAUUUUUAUCUCUGCAGUCAUGCUGGUAUUCAGGGGACAAGUCGCCCAGCUCACUACCAUGUUCUCUGGGAUGAGAAUAACUUUACUGCUGAUGGAAUCCAGUCAUUGACAAACAACCUUUGUUACACAUAUGCAAGGUGCACACGCUCCGUCUCUGUUGUACCUCCUGCAUAUUAUGCACAUUUGGCUGCUUUCCGUGCUCGAUUCUAUCUGGAGCCAGAUAUCCAAGAGAAUGGUUCUACUGGUCACACUGCUAAGGGUACACGCGCUACUGGAGAGUCUGGAGUCCGACCAUUACCAGCCUUGAAGGAGAAUGUAAAGAGAGUAAUGUUUUAUUGUUAGAAGUGGAAGAGGGUCCAUGGUUUGGUCACUGAAUCGAGAUUAGCCAGAAAAGACGCUGCAACCACAAGAUGAUUGUUCGCUGUUAAUUUUCCUUCCUCGCAUACAAACCGUUUAUCCAUGGUUCAAGGUCUUCCGGUUCAACUAGCAGCGCGAGGGAAGAAUAGAAAGGGUAUUUCUCAGUUUAGAUCAGUCCUUGAUCAUAGAUGUAGACCCACUUACGGGGAAGUAUAUCAGUUGUAGGCUUUGUAAAGAAAUGUUAGUUAUUGAAUCUAAAUUUACAUCUAGGAAA